AGGUGCCUGUGCCCGAGCCCACAGGUGCAAAGAACUUUCACAUCCAGCCCACUGUGGCCCCAUCCUGCCUGAAAGCUGCAGGCCCCAUCUUCCUCCACCAUGACGGUUGCCACCAGCGACCCUACAGAUGAAGCAGCAACGCAUUCAGGUCAGCCUCAUGACCAGUAUGACCCAGAGCCAGACCAUGAGUGUUGCGAGAGAGUUGUCAUCAACAUUUCAGGCUUGCGCUUCGAGACUCAGCUGAAGACCCUAUCUCAGUUUCCAGAUACACUGCUGGGUGAUCCCAAGAAAAGGAUGAGAUAUUUUGAUCCCCUCCGGAAUGAGUACUUCUUUGACCGGAAUCGGCCGAGUUUUGAUGCUAUCCUGUAUUACUACCAAUCUGGUGGGAGGCUCCGCCGGCCUGUCAAUGUGACUCUAGACAUAUUUUCUGAGGAAAUCCGAUUUUAUGAGUUGGGUGAGGAGGCUAUGGAAAUUUUCAGAGAAGAUGAAGGUUUUAUAAAGGAAGAGGAGAGGCCACUGCCAGAAAAUGAGUUUCAGAGACAAGUGUGGCUUCUGUUUGAAUAUCCAGAGAGCUCGGGUCCAGCUCGAAUCAUUGCCAUCAUUUCCGUCAUGGUGAUUCUUAUAUCGAUUGUAAGCUUCUGCCUGGAAACACUGCCACUUUUCCGAAAUGAAGAUGAGGAGAUGUACAAUUACCCACUGCAUUCCAUGUCCAACUCCACCUCUACGUAUGACCCCUCAAAAUAUUUUACAGAUCCUUUCUUCAUUGUGGAGACCCUCUGCAUCAUCUGGUUUUCUUUUGAGUUUCUCGUUCGAUUUUUUGCCUGUCCAAGCAAAGCUGGAUUUUUUGGUAACAUUAUGAACAUUAUAGAUAUUGUGGCAAUUAUUCCAUACUUCAUCACCCUGGGCACAGAACUUGCGGAAAGGCCAGAGGAUAGCCAGGCUGGCCAGCAGGCCAUGUCCUUGGCCAUACUCCGUGUCAUCCGUCUAGUAAGGGUGUUUCGCAUCUUCAAGCUCUCACGUCACUCUAAGGGUCUCCAGAUCUUAGGACAGACACUGAAGGCCAGUAUGCGUGAGCUGGGCCUCCUAAUCUUUUUUCUGUUUAUUGGUGUAAUUCUCUUCUCUAGCGCUGUCUACUUUGCAGAAGCAGACGAGCCACAUUCACAGUUUAGCAGCAUCCCUGAAGCAUUUUGGUGGGCAGUGGUUUCCAUGACCACUGUAGGCUAUGGAGACAUGGUACCGACCACUAUUGGAGGAAAAAUUGUGGGCUCUCUCUGUGCAAUUGCUGGUGUGCUGACUAUUGCCUUGCCCGUGCCUGUCAUUGUAUCAAAUUUUAACUAUUUCUACCACAGAGAGACAGAGGGUGAGGAACAAGCGCAGUAUCUGAAUAUCCCAAGUGUGCCUAAAGGCAAUUCUGCUGAUGAUCUGAAGAAGAGUGGUCGAAGUGGGAGCGGAUCCACCCUCAGUAAGUCUGACUAUGUUGAGAUCCAGGAGCCUGUUAACCACAAUACUGAGGACUUCAGACCAGAGGGCAAAAAAACAGGAAACUGCACUCUGGUCAAUACUAAUUUCGUAAAUAUCACUAAAAUGCGUACAGAUGUAUAAUGUGACUUGCAAUGGAAGGUCAAACAUUGUUAGUAUUGCAGGAAGGUGAAUUGAUGUCUCCCUCUGCUCAUAAAUUAUAGUACCAAGGAUAAGAAAGCAGAACAAGAUGAGAGCAAGAUGAACUCACACAAAGGGUAGAUGGAGAAGACCUCUAGUUCUCCUGUCACUCAGAAUAAACAGUGCACUUUCCAGAACUGCCAGUCAUCUUGUUUAGGAUAUUUUCAUGUCUGCAUGGAGUUAGUCUUAUACAGUAGAAAUAGUUUGUGACAGUGGUUGUCCUGCUUGCACCAGUAGCCAACUAGUAGCCUAAUUAAUAAUAAUAAUUCAUUAUUGCAACAUAAAGGGACCAGUAGUAUGUAUUAUAUUACGUAAACUGCUUCAGACAAAAAUGGACAGUCAAGAUCAUUUUAGUGUUAGCAUUUUUUAUGAAUUUGUAACCAAGCUUCUAAUGACAAAAGGUCUGGUGUGAGAAUUCAUGGCCAACUUUAAUCUGCUACUCAAACUGCAGAGGUCCCGAUUCAAAGAAAAAAAGAAUCACACUAUUCUGUCGGGGGAAUACUCAUCAGAGCAACAGAGAGUCUGAGACAGUCAUAAUGGUGUUUCAGUACAAGCAGAUUUGCAUUUAGCAUUCAUCCCUUUGCUCUGUUUCUUUUAGUAUAAACUAGAGGUCAAUUAUCUCUACUAAUAACCCAAACUAUUGGGCUAAUCAGUUCAGACAACUAGAAGAGUAAAAUAAAUGUUAUCUCUGAACGAUGAGAAUGUUUACUUUGUAUAUUUUUGAUAUUUUUGUAUUAUAUUUUUAUUGUGUUAAAUACAUGUCUCAUUUAUGUUUUCAAAGCUCAAGGAUAUAGGGAAUAUUUUCACUGUAUUGCUCAGAGUCAGUGCCUGUUUCUCUUUCACUGUAAGGGACCGUGGGGUACAACCUAACACCUUUUUUGCAAUCAUGUACACCCAUUGGACUUAGUUAUUCUUGUUUUAUUUUUUUUAUCUUAAUUUCAACAAUUUGAAUUGGUAAGUUGCAAAUGAAAACUCAAUAUCUGUUCUAGUAACCUACAAGUUUUGUAAAUCAUCACUGAAAGUGGCAGCAGAGAUAUUGUACAACUUUCUCUACAGGUGCUGUAAAUUGUUUAGCAAAUCUCUCUGAAUUUAAGUGGGAAGUGUCUGAAAAUAUGCACUGUAUUUUCAUUUGACAAAAUCUCAAAAUGCCUGGAUGUACACACUGCUUGACUCUAAGAAACUCUGUAAAAUGUCUGUGCUUGAAGUGACCUCCGUGUUAGGACAUGCCCCACAUUCCACAACCUAUAAUUGUCUGUGAAGUUAGAUGUUAACACCACUGCCCAACAUAAAUCUUUGCUGUUGUGGACUUCAAAUCAUUCCAUAUUAUGAAGAGAUUAAAGAGAAACUUUAAUAUGUCACGUACUUUAUCUUGAAGCUGAUUUUAGGUGCAUUCUAUAUAUAUUGCAGAAAACCGACCUUAUGUAUGCUUUUGAUUAUUUAUGCUUUAUACUGCAUCAUCCUCUAUUGUUUUUAGAACCACAUUCAACCAAAGAAGGAGCUCAACUGAAGUUACUUUGAGUGUUAUAAGGUCUGUCAUUUACCUGGAGUGUUACAUAUUUUUUGUGGCUGUUAUUCAGGUAUGAAAUCAUUGUUAGCAUUUUAAAAUCUAUGUAGAAACUUGCUGACAACAUUAAGCGGUACUGUAGCUGCAGUAGAAACAUUAAUACUUACUUAUUGACUUUAUGUAAUGCUUUACUUCUUCAUGCCUACUUCCCCCUGUCAUUUUCUGCCAAUCAAUAAAUCUGAAUUAGUAAACUUUGUUCUUCUGGAACAAAUCAAAUUAAGGCACCUAUUUUCCUGCACUGUAGAUGCAGGCUGCCAUGUUCCCUCUUGUAUCUUAGGCUGAAAAAACAUGCAAUUAUUACCCAUAACAUAAUCACUGACAGAAGAAGUUGAUAACACUGGACUCUGUUAUUGUGUCUCUUGUUUGUUGGAAGGAUAUACUAGGUAGCAAGAGUGCAUUUUCCCCUCAAAUAUAAUGUGUUAGAAGAAAAUGGGUUGUCAUGGUUGGAAGCAAAUUUGAGGAGAGAUAACUUGUGUUGCAUGAUCAUCUUCAAAACUGCUUCUUUUGAGGGGCAUGCCAGUACACUGUUAGUAUCUAACUAUGAGGAUUCAAGGAAGGGACAACGGUUGACUAAUCCAGGCGUUGAGCGAUGAGUGUGCCGUGUGGCCUAAUGCAACAGAUGAGCAACUGUAGCUCAAAUUGAAGAAGAAGUUAAUACUGGUGCAUGUGCAUUGUUCACAUGGAAAACAAGUGGAAUCAAGAUUCACUGUGAGAACUAGCAAGCCGGCGGAGUUAAUAUGAUGGUCGUUCAAUAUUAUGCUGGGAAUCCUUGUGCAGUUUGCUUAUAGUAGGAAACACAGAGUAUCCAGCAAACUAAAGAAAGAACAUUAGGAACAUAGUGGAUAGCUUGCUGUCCUGUAUGAUGUGCGGUGUGGCCUGCCUCUUAUGCAUAAGCAAUAAAUCUGCUCCCAGACUGAAUAAAUUUUGUGUUGCUCCAUUGUUUGUUCUCUUAUGAAAAAGGUGCAGGGAUUUAUAUUUUUGGUGCUUGUCAGUCAGUGAGGUUUUUUUUUUUUUUUCCUUCCUGUUCAACAAACAUUUUGGCAACACCUUCUUAAAUACGUAGCUGCAUGAUGUUAUCCCUGUGGUCUGGUCUCCUUUCAGAAGUACAGCGUGAAAGUUUACCAGAAAGAAUCAAAGCGCCCUGGUCUAUACAUUUGUGUAAGCACCUUAGAAGGAUAUACAGCUAACACUACUGAUACACAACACACCUUUAGGGAUCUGGUGGAAAAGUCAGAGAUAUUUCAACAGCAAAACAGAGCAAACACUCUAUGUUAUGCCUGAUUGUUAUAUGUAUCUCAGUUGUUUAGCAUCCUAUUAGCUCAACUGUUGUAUCAAUCUAUUAUGCAUAAAUGCAGUAAUGUAGAACAGGCAGGGUUGCCAUUUACUGUUCCUCCUUAACUUGUAUUAUUCUGCUUUUGUAGAGCUACUCGCCCUUUAAAGUUGUAGCAUGCUGUAGAAUGAAUAACAUUUAAGUGUUAAACUGACUUAACUAUAUUCCAAUACUCACUUGGGUCACAAUCCAUUAUAUGAGAGUGCUGUAUGUCUAUGAGUCCUUAUGACUCGACAGAUAAUUUAUGACAGGAAAUAGAGAAAGUAUGAUUAUAGUCCUGGAAAUCUAGAGUUGGACGUAAGCUACUCAUUCUUUCGCCCAACAAGUCAGUGUCUUGAAUACUGAAAUGCUGUCCAAAUAAAAGCACAACAGCUACUACCUGCUGCCAGCCCAGUAGAUGCAACAAGAUACAUAGUUAGAGUUUUUGCUCAGCUGAGUGUAUUAUAAUGCUCCAAGGAAAUGUCUGAGUGCUCCUCUCACUGACAUAUCGUUCCAUCAAGCUUGAUGUGUGGCGUACAUUCGUAUCUGUGCAUGUUUGUGCUCGGGAGAGACUAGAGGAAUGGAAAGCUUCUACACACACACAAGCCGAGUGUUGAGCUUUUAGAGACAAUGUUGUAGCUAGUCCUGUUAAUGCUAGCUCAAAUGACAGAGGCGGUCAUUGUGUUCUAAUGUGUACCUGUGUACUGUUGACAGCUGCAUACAUAACAUAUGUAUACAUCUAAUAUGGGACGCUGACAGAAUGCCCUGUUACACAGGAGAUGUUCUUCACAAAGGAUGUGUUGGCUUACGGGAUAAGCUAUAGUGUCUGCCAAGGCCUAUAUUGCAGGAAGCAUGAAAAAAUGUCUUAGGAUGCAGUACAUCUGAUAAAGGUUGUAAAAUAAACACUGCCUACACCCAAGUUUCUAUUCUUUUUCUUUUUUUACAGUGGUUUGUGCUUCUCUAAACUCUGUUAUUGAACAUCUAUGCCACUUUAAGUUCAGCCUUGGGCCCUGUUCUUUCAGUUCUUGUUACCAAGCACACAACUGAAGUGACACACUGCCGAGACAAAAUUGUUCUCCUGGAGAAUCCAACAGGAGUCAAAGAACAGAAUGUGAACUGCAGAAAACGCCUCCAGCUGGUGGAUAUUUACACACAAAAACCCACAACCGACCAUUUGAACAUAUAGCUUGUGUACUAAUAUGUACAUACACUGCCUAUGGAAAAUGAUUUUAAUGGACAUGCCUGAGGAUGGAAAACCUACAUGUGGCUUUGUGUAGCCUAAAGACCACCAAGGACUAAAACCUACAGAUGAUUGCACUUGUGUAGCCAUGCUAAUCUAUCUAAAGUUUCCAGCUGCUUUAAUGCUUUAAAUGAUGUCUUAUGUCUAAAAAUGCUUUAAGCUACUGCUAUGUAUAGACUCCAAAACUGAGAUAUAU